ACUCGAGGGGGUAUAAAUGCCAGCGAGCUGGGCGGGCGAGCGAGCAAGCGGCUGGCUAGCGGGGGAAGAUCCUCCCGAGCUGCGCGUACGAUUCCGAUUGUGCCCUGUACAAGCUCCGAUGACACGCUUCUGUAAUACUGCCGUGCUCCUCUUCCGUGGGAUGUCUACUCCCAGCUUACAUGUGCGACCUGUGAGAGAAUAUUUGCUCUGUACUGUAUGCGAAUACAACUUUUCAUGAAGUUAUGUUCAGCUUAGAAUUGCCCAACGAAUAAAAAGGAAACCAAGAAUGGCAAUGCAUGAAAUAUUGUGUAGGCCACAUCCAGCCAUGUGGGCUGGGCUAGGACUAGCCUUGGUCCUCUGUCUCCUCCCAGGAGGAGGAUCAGAGCAUCCGGGUCGUUGUAAAGAACCCCCAGAAUGGAGCAUCGGGGAAGAAAAUCCCAUGAUGACCUCAAGAGGGUCAGUGACUGUGGUGGCUCUACUCCAAGCUAGCUGAUACCUGUGCCUUUUGCAGGCUUCCAGACUUGAAGACCUGCAACUGAGGCUGGCAAAUAGUGGACUGGUCAAUAUCUCUUUCAUUGUGGUCAAUCACCAAGGAAACCAUUCCCAGCUGAAGUACCAACUUCUAAGAGAAAGGGUUUCAGAAGACAUUCCUGUAUACCAGCAGAAUGCAAUGCAACCUGAUGUCUGGACAACUUUAAGAGGCAGAAAAGAUGAUUUCCUGAUUUACGACAGGUGUGGUCGCCUUGUUCAUCACCUUGGCUUACCUUAUACUUUCCUGAGUUUUCAAUAUGUAGAGAAAGCUAUUCAGAUUGCCUAUUGUGAGGACACUUGUGGAAAUUGCUCAUACACAACUGAAAUUGAAGAAAUAUGUAAAAGAAUCUCAGAGAAUCUAGAAGAAAAGCAAAUUGAGGCAACUUCUCCCUCACAGUUGCGUCCCACUGAGCAUCCCCACCGUCAUCCCCACCACCACCACCACCAUCACCAUCAUCAUCAUCAUGGACGUCAUCCCAAAGGGGAUCGGCCAGAAGUAAACAAUCAGCAUAACAGGAGAGUCUUGGGCCAGGAUCCUGCAGAAGCUGACCUUCUAUCAGCAGCUCUAGACUUGCAUAGCGGCAGGCUCUGACGAAAGGGGGGUGGCAUCUGCAAGCGCCAAUUAAGCUGAACCUGGCAGCUCCCAUAUGCCAGUUUCAGCUUAAUUGAUCCCAUCACCACUAGCUGAUGCUGACACUGACGGCACUUGUUGUUUGAAGAUCAGCAAAGCACCACUUCCUGACAUUGUAGUGGAAUGCUCCCAUCUUCCUGAAGGUGACAAGGGCAGCUGUUGGCAGAUAAUGUGGCUGAGUCUUGACAGUGACGUCUGCCAACUACUGUUUGACUGUUACCAGCAGCAAGAAGGGGUGAAACCUGACAAUGAGCAGGACUGGACAACUGAGCCUGAGGAACAGUCUAAACACCUAUGGAAGAUUGCAGACUUUGGAAUGCAUUGCACAAUAAUUUGAAAUUGGUCCUACUAUCUCUGCCAAAGUGUUUGGAAAUCCUUGCUGUAGGUGCCCCCAAUGGCAUUAAAGCAGAGGAAUGCAUUCCAGCAGUAAUCUUCCUGGCACACAUACCACUAUGUAAAUUAUUGGGGAAGAAAGAAAAGCAACCUUUACACCUGCCAGUUAAGCAAGAGUUCUUGGAUUUCCGCUGUAUUUGUUCAGGUGUAAUCAUGUGCUGUGGUUUCACUGAUAGAGAAUACAGUCCUUGUCAUCCGACUUUGCCUUAAACAGUAAGAACAAAACUUUCCCAUAAUGGUAUGCAGUUGUUUCUCAGUUCCAGUUCCAAGUUUCUGUGGUGUUCGUUAGCUUUUCUUUUUGGUUUCCUCCCCUAUCAUUCUGUUUGCAUUCAUGAAAACAGGAGCAUAAACUAUGACCUAGGGGCUUCUGUUGGAUACGGAGCAAAUAAGAACAGGAGAGGGUAAGAAAAGGUUUGCUAGCUAUGUUUUACAAUUAUGGGUUAAGACCAAGUGAAUAAAUGAAAAUGUUUUUCUCAGAAACUCUAGUCAUUUAAGAUAAUUGUAUAGAAUUCUGUGCGUACUAUUCCAACCCAAUAUUUCCACCAAGAAGUCUACAGAAUUCAUUACUCUAACAUCAGAUUUUAUGUUAUAAAAUGUGAGUCCUAUAACAAGACCUAUGAAAAUCAAUUUCUGAAACUGUUCACACUUAUAGUUCGUUUGAAAUUUGGGAUAACAGUCUUUAAAAACAUGAAGUGAGAGUGAUGGGAUGAAACAAAUAGUAAUUUCAUUGAAGGAUAAGUACCUGGUAAUAAAAUUUGAGACUUGCACUUAACCAUCAUUUCUGCUAACCAGUGAUUUAGACAAUCUUUUGUAAGUGAUCAAGCAUGUUUAUAUACUGUCUAUCUUUAUGUAGCAAAAUAGUCUUGUUGUUUCUGAAAUUUCUGAAAUUAACUGAAUUUUUGCAAGUUCUAGAGAGGAAAGAAAAUGUUGAACAGAGGGAAACUCUUUAUAUUGUAUUUGCCAUAGUUCAUGAUGGUUUGGUAGGGAAACCAUACCCCUAUAAAACCUGAAUUAUUUUAUGGUGAAUGCUUACAAGUGGGAAAGUAGUUCAAUAUACAUAACUGGAGAUCUUGCAGGUGGACAAACUAUGUUUUAAUAAAUGAAAACAUCUUUGAA